UACCCGGAAGUCCUGCUAUGUAGCGGUACAGCUAGCUUAAUGCUAGACUGAAAAGCACACAAUCACUUCUGAAGGACGGGAAGAAACACAGUCGUUGUCCGGAACACUUUCUCACUAUUUGUACCUUUUUCGGCGACAUAAGAUAAUUAUUAGCAGACUUUUGGGCACACAGAAAAGGCUUCGGUCAUGUCAGGACAGAGGAAAGGAGCUGCAGCGCGGCUGCCCAAAUGUGCCUUCUGCAGAAGCAACUGUGACAAGGAAUGUGGUCAGCUGCUGGUGUCCGACAGCCAGAAGGUGGCAGCCCACCAUAAGUGCAUGCUUUUCUCUUCAGCUUUGGUCACAUCACACUCAGACAACGAAAACAUUGGAGGAUUUUCCAUUGAGGACGUAAAAAAGGAGAUUAAGAGAGGAAAUAAAUUGAUGUGCUCUUCAUGUCACCGACCAGGCGCGACUAUCGGCUGCGAUGUGAAGACGUGCCGGAGGACGUAUCACUACUAUUGUGCUGUGAAGGACAAAGCCCAGAUCAAAGAGAAUCCCUCACAAGGGAUUUACCUUGUUUACUGUCGCAAACAUCGGGAUGCUUCUCAGGAUGACAUUCAGGAUGACGAGGGUGGUGUGGCCAACGACUCAGAUUCAUCCCCUCCUCAAAGCAGAGGUAGGGGAAGGUUUGAGAAGGGGAGAACCAAGGUCGGCUCUCGUGGCCAGUCAGAAGAAUCCCGCUCUACCUCCUCACAGGCAGCAGAAGAGGAGAGCUCCUCCCAUCGGGACAGGUCACCUCUUCGGACCAGUCCGGGAGAUGGCGGCCAGCGCUGUGGAUUCUGCCACGCUGGAGAGGAAGAAAAUGAAACUAGAGGGAUGCUACAUACGGACAACUCCAAGAAAGUGGCUGCACACUACAAGUGCAUGCUUUUCUCCUCGGGGACGGUACAGCUGACCACUACAUCACGGGCCGAAUUUGGAAACUUUGACGUGAAAACCGUUAUCCAGGAAAUCAAACGAGGGAAAAGAAUGAAAUGCACAUUGUGUACUCAGCUGGGUGCUACCAUUGGGUGUGAAAUCAAGGCGUGUGUGAAGACCUACCAUUAUCACUGCGGUCUGCAGGACAAAGCCAAAUACAUCGAAAACAUGGCCCGUGGUAUUUACAAGCUAUAUUGCAAGAACCACAGCGGCAACGAGGAGCGGGAUGAGGAGGACGAGGAGCGAGAGAAUCGCAGCAGAGAGAGGGCAGCCAUUGACCACGGAGGAACACCGUCCACACAAGUCAAUGGCAACUAGGUUUGGCUGAAAUGUUUUAUGUGAAGAAAAGCAGAAGACGACAUGGGAGAGCUAUUUUUUAUACUAAAUCUUAGCCAACUCUCCAAGUUGUGGUCUCGGGCUCUCAUGAGUCUUUCACUUGGUUUCUUCCGGUAAAUGGACAUAAUGUUCCAACGUGCACCAGAUGUCGUCUUCAUGAAAAACCUGUUUUGAGUUGACUGGGCGAGCUUUUCACAGACUGGUGUUACUCCAGCAUCGGACUGCUGCAGCAUCACGAAAAGCCACGGCUCAUCGAAUCCAAGACUCAAGUCAGGACCACCGACUGACACCAUGAAUAAAAGCUGAUGGACUGAUUUUUUUGAUUGUCACUCACUGCCUGUGCCCCCUCCCCAGAUUACAUGAACCACACUUGCUGAAAGCUGAAGCAUUCUUUCCCUCCUUUAGCCUCUGAAGGACUCACUUUUAAGAGGGGUCUUAUUUGUUACUAGUCUCUCUGAAGUUGUGCAGUUUGAUUACCUUGUUACUGUAAUCAUGUCUUAAGAAUAUUUUAGCCUUUCUUUCUUGAUAUGUAGUAUUUUGCUACUGUAUUAUCAUCAUGAGUACUUUUGAAUAUCUGGAUCUCAGAAAGUCACAAGUUUUGCCAGCAUGCACUUGGUUUUCCCACUGGUAAAGGUGGUGGUUUUUUAUUUGGCUGCUAAAGGGCGCAGUAGAGCCCUUUAGAGAAGUUGGCUCGACUCUGUUUGAUGUGUUGUUACUCGUAUCUCAACAAAUGUAUCCAUGAAUGAUUGGAAUAGAAAAUAUUUUAUUUUACA